AUGAAAUUACGUCCCUUCGUCCUCGCUUUACUACCAUUUGCUUUCUCCCUUACCUCGCUUGUCCUCGGUGAAAAAUCGACACAGCAACACUUUGAGGAGGGCGAUGAGCACUUUAUGAAAGGAAAUUACGAUGAAGCCUUGAAAAGUUUCGAUGCUGCCAUUAGUCAAGACCCUACAAAUUAUCUUUACAUUUUUAAACGCGCUGCGACAUAUAUACAGUUGAAGCAAAGUUCUGCUGCCGUCCAAGACUUCACCAAGAUUCUUAAAUUAAAUCCAGAUUUUGAACCAGCAUUACUACAACGCGCCAAAUAUUUCUUGAAAGAAGGGUCACUGAAUGAAGCCAAAGGAGAUUUACAAAGGAUAUUAAAUAAAAAGGAAAACGUCGAGGCCGGUAACUCGCUUAAAUCAAUUAUCUCAGCCGAGAAGUUGAUAGAAAAUGCCGACGAAGCUUUAAAAACAAACGACUAUGAUACGUGCAUAGAAAAAAUCUCCAAAGCUAUAAAAAUUUCAUCAAGAUCACUGCGUUUAAGACUUACUAGAGCCCAAUGUCAUUUAGGAAAAGGAGAAAUUGAAGAGGCUGUACGCGAUUUAUCUGUCGCUUCUCAGCUAAAGCCUGAUGAUUCAAAUAUGUUGAUCCGCCUCUGCCGUCUUAAUUACUUUUCGCUUUAUAACCCCGAACAAGCACGUAAUAAUCUUAAGCAAUGCCUGCGAUAUGAUCCUGAACAAAAACUAUGCAAAAAUCUUCAUAGACUGAUUAAAAAGAUUGAGAAAAAGAUCAACAAAGUUAGUCUGGACAUUGAGGGAAAAGGAUGGCAAACAGCAAUAAAUAAAUUGCUAGGACUUGGUGGUUCCAAUAAAGGGCAAGGGCUCGUUCCAGAAGUUGAGAAUGAACUCAAAAAUAUAAAGGAGGGUCUUCAGAAAAAAGAAUUAUUGGUAAAAUUAUACGGUUGGACAUGCAAAUCAUAUCAAGAGCUGAAGGAUGGUCAGAAGGCAAUAAAAUGGUGCAGUGACACAUUGAAUAUGGAUGAGAAUAGUGUAGAGGCAUUAAUUAGUCGAGCUGAGGCGUACGUUAUCAUCGAGGAUUAUGAAGCUGCUUUGAAAGACUAUACCAAAGCCCAUGAAUUAACGCAAGGUCAGGACAAACGAGUGAUACAAGGUCGCCAACGUGUAGAUAAAUUAUUGAAGCAGUCCAAAAAGAAGGAUUACUAUAAAAUAUUAGGCGUUCCAAGGACUGCUAAUAAAAAAGAUAUCAAGCGGGCAUAUAGGAAAUUGGCUCAAGAAUGGCAUCCUGAUAAAUAUAGAGGUGAUUUAACACCAGAACAAGUAGAUUCAAAAAUGAGUUCCAUUAACGAAGCAUAUGAAGUUUUGAGCGACGACGAUUUACGUGCUAAAUACGAUAAUGGUGAAGAUCCCAAUGACCCCAACGGCGGAAGUCAACCAUUUUUCUAUACCGACAAUGUUUUUAUGCGGUUUGCCAGUGGUGGGUUUCAAUUUGGAGAUGCUGACACCUCCAAAUCUUCAUUUGAACAAUUCAACUUUUCAUUGUUUCAUCCUUUUUCCACCAUCUGCCGGACAUUAUUUCUAUAG